CACUGCACAUACUGACACAAACACACACCAAACACACAAACGCGCUCGCGUUGUUCGCUCCGUUUUUUUUCCACCGCGCACAACAAGUCACACACCGCGGCCGCGUCCAAAACGAAAAGCGCGAAGUUGAAUGAAAAACUCGCGCCCGCUGGCCGUUUUCUGCGCGAUGCGCAGCACGCCGCGUCUCUGCUUGCGCGAACGACGCGCAUUCGCCGCUUGUUACAUCGAGUAAACAAACGGCAAACAAACCCUCUCCGGAAGGGUGCAAACACACCGGUCGGCGUGCAUACGCUGCAUUUUCCCAAAAUUCAUCCACCGCGCACACAUUACACACCCCAGAGUGUGCGAAACCCGGUGAAAAACACAAAUAUCAAAACAUAACCUAACUCACAAUCGAAAACUCGUAGAAUGCUGUAUGAUGCGAGUGCAGAGUUAUGUUUAUGAACCGAGUUGAUCAACAAUUAUGAUGAACGGGACGAUGGAGCGCCUGAAUCCCAAUCAGCAGGUGCUCAAUGCAAAGCCAGCACAGCCAAAGAACUACAAGCUGAUUUGCGACCCGAAUCUGGUCAAAGGCGGCGUGAAACUCUAUCGGUAUGAAGGCGUCGUGCCGGGCGACCCAUCAUACGUCUCAUCCACACCGCGCGAUCCGCGAAAUCCAAUGCGGAUAUGGAAUAGACUUGAAACUAUAGAGUUACAGAUACCUAGGUUCCGGAUAGAUUCGAAUUAUGUUGGCACACCACCCCCUCUGGAGGUGUCCAUCUUCCACCUCAAUGAUAACAUUGACAAGCAGUUCCUCAAGGACAUUGUGCAAAAGUUCGGCACUGUUGACGAGCUGCAGAUUUUUUACCAUCCUGUAACUAAUAAACAUCUCGGCCUGGGUAGAGUUGUGUAUUCCACGGUGGAUGAAGCGAGUUUAUGCGUGGAGAAACUGAAUAAGACUAGUGUUAUGGGUAAGGUGUUGGAUGUGAUGUUAGACAGGUUUGGUGAGAAGGUACGUGCGAAAACCGAGGAGUUGACAGCGGAGAAAAAACCGCCACCUGUUGUCGAAAAAGUGAAGAAGGAAGAGAAAAAAGUUGAAGUAGUGGUGGAAAAACCACCGGUUAUACCUCGCGAUGAAGAAAUUAUCCCGCGUAAUAAAUACGAUGAUAAAGAUUAUAAAGAUAGAGAGGAUAGGGAUAGGAGAAGGACGGAUGAUAGGCACCAUCAUAGGAAAGAGGAUCGAGAUAAUCGGUAUCAUCGUAGUACUAGUGGGUAUAAAGCGCCACCUGUGAGUGCGAAUGAUGUGUAUCAUGCGGAUUAUACGGAUGGGUAUGCUCCGCCCCCACCACCGAGCCAAGCAUAUCCACCACCCCCACCACAAACUGCUCCGAUGUAUGAUUACAACAUGAUGCCGGGUUAUACGCAUCAGUAUAACGCGUAUACAAUGGGUUCUUGGCCGCCGUUGCCCCGCCCCUGGCCGGAAAUGCCCUGGGCCGAGGCGGAGAAACCUCAGCCACCGCCUGCGCAAACCAAAUGGGAUGCGAAUCACACUGAUGCGGGCGGCAAGCGGGAAAAGCGGCGGCAUAAAAAGGAACGCAAGAAGGAACGCGAGCGAGAAUAUAAACAGGAUAAAGACAGGGAGAAGGAUAAAGAUAAGGAUAAGGAUGCGAAAGGUGCAGAGGAUUCGAAGACGUUGGAUUUGGAUACUAGGAUAGCGAUGCUGUUGAAGGGUAAGACGGCGAAUGCGCCGUCGUUUCUUAGUUUUCCGGAUUCCGAUGAGGAGACGAAGAAAAGCCCGCAUAUUCCUACGUCAAUCGACAGUGAUGACGAUCAUUCAAGCGUCUCCCUAUCAGAUCUCCCAAUAAAUCCCCCAGCACCAGAUGUAGAUAUGCAACCAGUCGCACCACCAACCGAAUCCCCACCCCUAUCACCCUUCCCCUCCCCCUACGAAGACAAAGAAGCCUACCUGCAGGCAUACCGUGAUAACAUUGAAUACAUGCGCAAGGAAGCCAAACGCCUCGCCGACGCCGACAAAAUCGGCUCGGACAUCUCCUCGAGCGAAGACGAACUCCUCACCGGCGGGCAGAACUACAGCCCCAUCGCCGACUUUAAAGUCGAACCACUCAAAUCCCAAGACGACGAAAUGUCUCUCUCAUCAUUAAGCAGCAACGAGAAAAUCGUCGAGACUAUCGACGCGAAUGGCGCGUAUCAAUACUACGGCGGAUAUCCAACCUACGGGACAGAUUGGAGGCAAGCACAGUAUCCAUAUGCAACGCACCCUGCACAGCAAAUGUACAUGUCGCAAUAUCCAAUGGGACAAUUCCCCUUCCACCAUCAAUACCAAUCAUUUCUACCACGGACAACUCCAGCGGCAGGGAAGGAAGACCCGCAUGCAACUACAAUCGCUGAGGUUGUUGAGCAAAUCGCCCAGGAACUCAAACAAAUCCUUAAAAAAGAUUUCAAUAAAAAAAUGGUGGAAAACACAGCGUUUAAGAAGUUCGAAGCGUGGUGGGAGGAAGAAUCCACACGGAAAAAACAAGAUACACGCUUGGAAAAGAAAGAAGAACCCGUACAGAAUGAUCCACCUACUAAAGAUAAUAUAAACUUUUUAUUGGAAGCGAAUCGUGAUAGUUUCGAUGGUCUCGGGCUGGGUUUACGCGCAUCACUACCGAAAAUGCCUAGUUUUAGGCGUAAGAAAAUCCCCAGUCCGGUCCAAUUGGAUGAGGAUUCACGAAAAGCCUCGGAUAAUGAGGAAAUCGUACAGAAUUCCGAUGAUGAUACAUCCACAUCCACUUCACAACCUGCUAGUAGGAGUCUACGACGUGUUAGAAAGGCGAGUACAUCGUCCUCGUCGAGUUAUGUCACUUCAUCAUCAAGCUCUAGUGAUGAUGACUCAUCAGACUCGGAUUCGAGACAUCAUGUACGUCCUAAGGUGCGUAAUAGACGGAAAUCAAGGUCUGUUACACCUGAAGGACGAAAAACACCGAUGCCAAGUGGUAAUAUUGACUUUUCACCGUUGGCUGACAUGGAUCUGGAUGACAUAUCACGAUCACCGAUUGAUGACGGUAUAGAAGCGCGCUGUAUUACCCCCGAACCUAUGCAGAUACAGGAUGAUGACACAAUUACAACACCGAUUAAAAAUACUGAUGAUAAGAAGGAGAAGGAGAAGGAGAGUAAAAAGAAGAGUACGUUGGAUAAGCUGCUGGACGGCGAUAGUGAUUUGAGUGAUGAUGAGCGUGAAUAUUUAGAGAGACGGCGACGGAAUACUGAAUGGAUGGCGCAGAUUGAACAAGAACGACUGGAGAUGGAGCUAGAGGCGAAAAAACAAGAGUUGGAAGAGUUAAGUCGUGCGGAACGCAUGAAUACUGAAGUUAAAGAUGAUGUGGUUGUUAAAAAAGAUAAAGACAAGAAAAAGAAGGGAGCUGUAACGUCAACUGCGAAAAAACAGAAAGAAGAUGUAAGUAAAGUUGCCGAUGCUAAGGCGGAUGUUCCACAGGAUGAUAUGGAUCUGGAAAGUUCCGCCGUGGCGGCGCUGGCGUUGCUCGCAGCGCACAAAGAUGACAUAACAAAAACCCGCCGCGAGUCUUUCAAUGGUGAUCAAGACCAGGAUAAAGAUAAAGCGCAUUCAAGGUUAUCUGAGUCUUCGGAUGUGUCAAGUCCGCGAUCACAGGUCGCCAUUGAGCAUUCCUACUGCAUGCUGCCAACGCCACCUGACAAAGAAAAAGAGAACCAAGGGCAGGAGCGUGAUCACUUUGAGAGUGACAAAGAGGGGUUAUUGCACGAUCAUGGCGGAUAUCUUGCGCCUGCGCCUCCAAUUACCACAAAAGAAGAUAAAUCCAAGGAUAAAAAGGAUAAAGAAAAAGAAACCAAGCGCGCGAAAGCUGCUAAACCGCGUAAAAGUGGCAAGGAUAGGAAAUUCCAAGAGUUGCAGAACUUGUUCGAUCAGCAGUCGUUUUUCGAUCGACAGCCACAGACUGCGCCUGCGCCCAAGCCGAUAAAAUUCACCAAGAGGGAUAUUGCGACGGAAAUGACGAUAUUGUACGAGUUUCUCACGAAAGGUAUCGAUGCGGAGGAUAUCGGGUAUAUGAAGAGUUCGUACGAAGCGCUGCUGGCUAAUGACAGCAUGGGUUAUUGGUUGAAUGACACGCAUUGGGUGGAUCACAGCGCGACGGAUUUGAAUGCGCUGCCAUCGCGGAAGAGGAAACGCGAUGAUUGGAAGGUGCAUGCGACGGGGUGUGCGAGAACUGAGGGAUAUUAUAAAAUUGCGCCGCAGGAGAAGGCAAAGUAUAAGUAUCAUCAUGCGAGGAGCAUUACGACGACUUCGCCGGGUAAUUUCCCUGUUGUCAAACAACAACAAGGAUUAUCACGUGAAGCCCGAUCAAAUCAACGGCGGUUACUCACAGCGUUUGGCAUUGAUACAGAUUCAGAUCUACUGAAGUUUAAUCAAUUGAAGUUUAGAAAGAAGAAUAUCAAAUUCGCCAAGUCAUCCAUUCACGACUGGGGGUUAUUCGCCAUGGAGCCGAUCGCAGCCGAUGAGAUGGUGAUUGAGUACGUCGGUCAGCGAGUGCGCGCGACUUUAGCCGAUGUCCGUGAGCGACAGUAUGAGGCCAUUGGAAUUGGAAGUUCGUAUCUUUUUAGAAUUGAUUUGGAGAGUAUAAUUGAUGCGACGAAGGCUGGAAAUCUAGCUAGGUUUAUAAAUCAUAGUUGUAACCCGAAUUGUUAUGCAAAAGUGAUAACGAUCGAAUCGCAGAAGAAAAUCGUGAUUUAUUCGAAGCAGGCGAUCGGUGUCAAUGAAGAAAUCACCUACGACUACAAAUUCCCGCUGGAAGAUCAGAAGAUUCCCUGUCUGUGCGGCGCCGCGACGUGUCGCGGAACGCUCAACUAGAUAUUAGCGAUUAAUUCAUUUCGUUUAUUUUUGUUUUGUUUGGCGAUUUCAAUUUGUGUACAUAUUAUUGCAUUCACAACGAUUUUUAUGAUUGCUAGCAUUAGUUUUAAACCGCAUUGCGAAAAGAAGGAUUUCAUUCAUGGUGCGUAAAUGACGUGUUCACAUGAUUCAUAUUUUCUCUUGUACAUAGUUUCAUCGUCUUUUACUACUCAAGCGUAAGAUAUAAAUAAUUGUUUCUUUAAAAA